CCUAUGUGAAGUGUAAACAAAAUCAGCUGACAAUGGCAUUUGACGCAGUUGAUUUCUCUUAAAUCGCUCCUUUUUAUUAUUUCGUAGCAGAAAUUUAAGUGAUUUUUUAUAAUUUUAUAAAGGCGGAGCACGUAUUCACGUCAAGAUGGGCAACCAGCUUGCUGGCAUUGCUCCAUCACAGAUCUUCCCUGUUGAGACGUACUUAUCGGAAGUACAAGAUAUUGAAUAUGAGUCUAGUCUGGGCAGCACCCGUUUUCUUAAGGUGGCCAAAUGCAAAUCUUGGGAGGGACCGGUUGUGGUCAAGGUGUUCGUCAUUCAUGAUCCGUCCAUUCAGCUCACAGCCCAUAAGAAGCUCAUUGAAGAAAUUCAGGGGAAGCUUAGCACAGCAGCAAACUGUCUUCAGUUUCACAGUUUAAAGGUAACAGAAAAAGCCUGUUUCAUGUUUAGGCAGUAUGUGAAAGGUAGCCUUUAUGAUCGUAUCUCAACCCGACCUUUCCUGACAGCUGUUGAAAAGAAGUGGCUGGCAUUUCAGCUUCUGUGUGCCCUUAAUCAAGCCCACCAGCAAGGUGUAUGUCAUGGUGACAUAAAAUUGGAGAAUGUCAUGGUGUCUUCCUGGAGCUGGCUCUUGUUAGCAGAUUUUGCAACCUAUAAGCCAAGUGUACUACCGGACAAUGACCCUGCGGAUUAUACCUACUACUUUGAUACUUCCCGCAGAAGAAUAUGUUAUAUAGCCCCUGAAAGAUUUUUCAAAGCAUUCCAGGUGGAUACACAGCUUUUACCUACUUUCUUAGAAGAACAUGGACACACAAGGCCUGCUAUGGAUGUCUUCUCAGCUGGGUGCUGCUUAGCAGAACUCUUCACAGAGGGGAAUGCUCCCUUUGACUUGACACAGCUUUUAGCCUACCGAGCUGGGGACUAUUAUCCUUCAAAAGUGCUGGAUAAAAUUGAUGAUCCACGGGUUAGGGCACUUAUUGAACACAUGAUUCAGAGGGAGCCAGAGAGCAGGAAGUCUGUGGCUGAAUAUCUUGAGGAGGAGAGAGGACACACAUUUCCUCUGUAUUUUUAUUCAUUUCUUUGGCCAUUUUUGAAGCAGUUUGCUGUCACUCCCAUCAUGUCACCUGAUGAUAAGAUCAAAGUUAUAAAGAAAAGUAUGGCAGAUAUCCUGGUGGCCCUGUCUACAGAUGACGAGAGCAGUAUUUAUAAAGCUGAGAAGGAGCCAGGUGAACCAGAAAAGAAGUGCGAAGCCUUAAUCAUCAUCACUUCGUUAAUAACUUCUUGCCUCAGGUCAUUAAACUUCAUAACAUCAAAACUUGAUGGCCUAGAGCUACUAGGCAUCGUAUCUCAAUACGUUCCUGACGAGAUCAUCUUAGAAAGAAUUCUUCCAUUAACAUUUCACUUACUCCAUGACAAAGUACCGCGUGUUCGCGUCUGUGCACUUCACACUCUUACACGAUGUCUCACCCUUGUUUCAACCGUACCACGUUCAGAUACAAACAUAUUUCCAGAGUAUAUCCUCCCUAAUCUUGCUGAGAUAGUUCAAGAUGAAGCCGUUAUUGUUAGACAAGCUUACGCUGAAGAUAUAGCUACCAUAGCAGAAACUGCCUUAAGGUUCCUGGAAUAUACACAACUCCAAGGAAUGGUGACUUCCUUUAACUAUGACACUGAGCUAGCAAAUUUACAAGAAGUUAUUCAACAAAAAGUAGCCACAAUGUUUUCAGACCCUUCCAACAUAGUGAAAAGGACGUUGAUGGAGAAAACAGUUACCAAGCUGUGUGUGUUCUUUGGUAAACAAAAAGCUAAUGAUGUAUUGUUAUCUCACAUGAUAACUUUUUUGAACGACAAGCAUGACCGUCACUUGAGGAUGUCAUUUUUUACCAGUAUCGUUGGGGUAGCAGCAUACAUAGGCUGUCAUAGUGCAGAUAUACUGAAGCCACUGCUCUUACAGGGCCUAAGUGAUGCAGAAGAGGCUGUUGUAGUUGCAGCUAUAGAGGGUAUGGUGUCUCUAACUGAACUGGGACUCUUUCCCCCUUACAUGCAGUGGGAUUUGCUAUCUCACACGGCACCUCUAUUAAUACAUCCAAACUUAUGGAUUAGACAAGCAGUUGUUGGCCUAGUGGCCGUAGUUUCUCGUAUUUUGUCGUUAGUGGACGUGCAGACGACUGUUGUUGCAAGGGUACAGCCAUUCCUUGCAAGGCCUUUACUGCAGUUGCACAGGGAGGUGUGCAUAUUGUCGUGCCUCCGUCCGCCUGUUUCGAGGGAAGUGUAUGAUGCUCUAGUACGAAGCCCAGAUGUGGGCCAUAUUCUUCAGAUUCUUCAGGAAGCACAACAAGAAAAAGUACCUCUAGCUCAGUUACCCACAAAGUUAUCUCAUCUUGAUCACCCUACCAGAAAUCUGCUGCGCCGUCUCGUUGGGGGAGGGUUAACUGAGGAUAAUGUACAUCAAUUACUCCUGAUGCGUGAACAUCUCACAAGACUUCAGAAACAGAAGAAAGCAACGGAGGCUACCCGUAGUAAUAUUGCCUUAAAUCAGCAGCUUCAGAUGGGAAUUAUAAAUCUGGAUUCAUUGAAGAAACCAAUCCCAACACAUCAUUGCGAUUUGAUGCCAGAAGACGGAGCUAUUGAUCUUUCAACUCUGAGCAUAUCCCAAAAAGGUAUGAUGCAGAGUCCAAGUAUGACGAUGAACGAAGAAUGGCAGGCUAUGUUUGGAACGGCCGAUGACCGGGUGUCACCAAACAGGACACCAGACAACAGGUCUGUGUCCCCAACUGAACCUGAGCUUUCCACUCAAACUCCUGUGGCAGUAGCAACUAAAGUAUCAGUUGGAGAAGGAAAGGAAGGGUUCAUAAAAUGCGUAGCACCUUGCAAGCAAGAAUUGAAUUGUCUGGUAGCUAUGAAGCGAGAAGAGCACCUUGAAUGCCUCAAAAAGCGUCGCGUUUUGGAGACAUUAGCCUGGGACACUCGGUUGCCACCACCUGGAUGGAAACCGCGAGGACAUUUGAUUGCUCAUUUGCACGAACACCGAGGUGCUGUAAAUAGGCUUGUUGCAAUGGGUGAUACAUCCAUAUAUGCCAGCUGUUCAUCAGAUGGCACAGUCAAAGUGUGGGACUGUAAUCGUAUUGAAAGGAAAUUUUCUAUAAACAGGUCUAAGGCAACUUACAACAGGCAAGGAGGUGUGAUCACUUGCCUUGCCCCGUGUAUAACAUAUGGAAGUCUAGCAUCUGCUUCAAGUAAUGGAUCAAUACAUGUAAUAAAGUAUGACAAAAUGAGCUUAGUGAAUAAGAGAGAGCUGAACAUCGAUGAAGAUGGCCAUGUUGUCGAUAUGCAUUUCUUUGAUACAGGAUCUCAGUCAGUCUUAACAUACGCAACUAUGUAUGGCUCUAUCGUUGGAUGGGAUCUGAGAGCUCCAGGAACAGCCUGGAAGUUAGAAAAUGGAGCAAGAAAGGGUGUUAUUACUUCAUAUGCAAUGGAAGGUACCCAGAGUUGGCUAGUGGCUGGAACUAGCAGUGGCCACCAUGUUUGUUGGGACUUACGUUUUAUGCUUCCAAUUUCAACUGUUACUCAUCGGAAAGGAUCAAUUGUCCGACGUGUCAGCAUGCAUCCAACCGAAGGGUCUUGGGUAGUGUCUGCUAUUAAUGGAAACAACGAGAUUUCCAUGUGGGACAUGGAAACUCAAUCACGUCAUAUGACAUUGUGGGCAAGCACGAAACCUCCACUGUCUAUGACUCAGGCAAGUAGUGACUAUGACGAGGUCAAUAACAACUGUGUACACGCAAUGUACGUCAGCCAGGGUGACCGAGGCCCUUACGUUAUAGCCGGCGGAACAGACUGCAGAUUACGAUUUUGGGAUUUACGUGAACCAGAAUCGUCGUACAUCAUUUGCUAUGCUGCACAGGACCCAUAUUUACAUUGUCCUGUAACUUACAGUUCUCGCCUCGUAGAUGGAACUGAGGUCAUUGUGGAAACUGCUAGUCGUUCACGUACUACACCUUCAAGUGGGGAUGAUGCCCCAAGGAAGGGUCCCGAUCAGCCACCUCCCGGGCACAAGGAUACAAUACAGGAUGUCAUUGUAAUGAAUGAACCCCAGAGGUUGAUUGUGACAGCUGCAAGGGAUGGUACUAUAAAAAUGUGGAAGUAAUUGGUGAUGAUCGUGAUGCUUUCAAAAUCAGAAUGAAAUCAGUAGUAGUUCAGGUGAUAUGAUUAUUAUUUAAAAAGUCAUCAAAGGAAAACAGGGUUUUAACACCUAAGUAGGAUAAGUUUUACAAGAAAGAAAAAGGGAAAGUUUUCCUUUUUGCAGGAAGUUAGAAGGAAAAGUAGGAAGUAUUGCAGACUGGCUUAAGAAAUAGCAAGCAUUUCAUUUAAGGAAUAAUAGAUGGAACAGUUACUUUUAAGCAACUCAUAUUGUUGUGCAGUAUAGAGAGCUUAGAACAUUAUGCUUCAAAAGUAACUUGCUACGUUUUGUUUGUCUACUUGUAGGCAUACUAGACCACCUCAGAUUUCUUGUCUUUUCAACCCAUUGUUGAUUACUGAGCAGGUCAGGGAAAUUUGAACAAGCAAUCCUACCAUAAAAUAUCAUCACAUACCAGAAAAUUUAUAGCUACAUUCUAUGGUUUUGUUGAUGGUAGCGCCAGUCAUUUAUUUAGAGAAUAGAGUAAGAUAGUAAGCUUAUUACAGUAUAUCCAUCAUACAGCCAUUAUUUUAUUAGGCUUUUUUUGUGUCCUCUAUAUACUUUAUACUAUCAGAUGUUUGUAGUAUUUAAAGACUUUUACAAAUAAUGCAUACUGCCAUUACAAACAAAGGAAUAGAGGUAAUGAUAAAGAUUUCCUGUGUACCACAUAUGUCAAGUGUAUACAAUAAUAGUAACUUCAUUUUUUUCAUCUCUUCGUAUCUUAGUUUCCAAAAACUCAGAACCUUAUGACUGUGAACUGUUUACAGACCAUUUUCCUGUUUUGCUGGAAAGUUUUAAGUUCACACUUUGGGUGGAGUAUCCAAUUUUAUUUUCAAGGUGUGAAGUAAGUUUUUGAAAUCUGAGAGACACCUUAGUUACGUAAGAAUUUUGAUAAGAGGAACUGAGGUACGAAGUACUAACUCAAAAAAUGUGGAAGACGGUUUCAGAGUUUUUCUAAAGUUCAGUUGCAGAGCUUUCUCAAACUUAUUUUGUAGAGGUAAUUUGUUUGCAAAUUUUGAAUUGAAAUUAAAUUAUACAUUGUGAUAUUAAUGUCAGAUUUGCAAUUAGAAAAAUUUUGAAUACCUGAACUAAUCAAAUGUUGAUGCUAGAUAAACCACAACAUACUGUAGUCAAAAUUGGAGUGUAUAGUACGGAAAGAAUAUUAUAAGUCUGAAGGAAACUUAUAGAACUGUAAUGUGCAAAGUCCUGUUAUAAUAGCUUAUAUGGAUAUUCUGUGUAGUAAUUAUAUCAUUACUUGUCAUGAAAUGAAAAUAGUAUUUAAUAAAAAAUUCAUAUGUCUUUCAAAACUGUUGGCAUUUUGAACAAUUAACUGUAAAAAUCUGAGGUGCACAAAUUAAUUAAUUUGAAGAGGGCAUUAUGUAUUAAAUUGAAAACAUCAAUUACUGAAUACUGUAUAACAUUUUUGGCUGUUACAUAUGUGAACAGUUGUAUAUAUGUAACUAUAAUCUUGCUAAUGUGAAUGAUUUUGACAUUGCAUUUAAAGUGUGUAUCAUGGAAUUUUCAAUUACUGCUGAAGUGAUUUUUAUAUUUUAUUAACUAAGUCAUUUAUCUGAUAAAGUGAUCUUUAAUCAGGGGUAGUUUUAAGUCAUAUCAUUCUUCCUGUUUUUCAUCCUUGCCAUUAAGUAGAUCUGGUCAUUAUUUAGGAAUUCUGUAUGGUCAAACUUGACACUUGUAUGUAUUCAAAUUCUACGUACAGUUCCGUUAUUGCUGUGCGAGUUACUGUAUAUACCUGUAUAUCAAAUAGUCUUGCUCAUCCAGGACUGUUUAAACUUUUUUCCACUGAUAAUUGAUUACAUUUUUGGUAGAUUAAACAUUUAGAAAUGUUCACUUGUACCAUACAGCUACUCUCUACUUUAGACUUGUCAAGUAUUAGCUAAAGAGAAUUGUUUUACAGCAUAUAGCACAUUGUGUAGUACAGUCUUACACAAACAAUUAACUGAAUCUGAAAAUUGUUUGCAGAGAGUUACUUGAUACACAAGUAAAUACAGGACAUAUUUGUGAGUGUGUUGUAAGCCAUACUCUUAAGUUUUUUUUUCUUUUUUUUUUAAAUGAAUAGGUAAGUUGUUGACACUGAAUGGAGCAGUUGGGAGAAAUUUUUUGUUGUUUUCUGGUCUAAAUAUGGUUUUUAUGUACAAGUAUGAUAUUUGUAUCAUUCAUCUUAGGGUAUAUUUUUGAGAGUUUGGCCAUGCAUGCACUGCUCUUGUAAAUAGUACCUAUUUUUUAUAUUGGUGUGAAUUGAAUGUUUUUUUAUUAUUAUUUCCUUCCCUGUUAUUUACUUAUUGAAAUGACAUCCUACUCUAGACAUUGAGCUAUUGAGUACUGACGUUCUUUGAACUGAUUUGGUUUACAAUGAAGUGUAGUGCUUAUGAUAACAUACCUUAUCUCAGUUUAUAAGAGAAACUUUUGUACAUAAUCCAUAUGUAACAUACUUCUAACCAUGAUUUAGAUAGCAAAAGAAAGACUGAAAUUUGCUGAAACAUUUUGCAUAGGGAAAAUUUUGUUUCUUCUCGUCUUCAGGUCUGUGGAUGUCUUAUCAGUGUUGGUGCAGAUUUGAUUUCCUCAGAGUACACAAGAACAAAGUAUAUAUUAUUUCCUAACUCAUCAUUGUGACCGUUUCUGUGAAUUUCUUUGCAGUAUGUAGUCAGUUUACAUUGUUGUGAAGUUUUAUAUUUUGUAAAAAGAAUAUAUCUCAUAUACAUUUUUGUAAGUCUUUCAUAAGGAAAAUUCAUCUGUGAUAUUGUUUUGGAGCUGAAAUAAAGUGCAGGCUUCA